CAGACCGCUGGCUGACGGCGCUCGGAGCCUCCAGCUCGUCAAUCUGUGCCCAGCGGCGGCAGAGGCAGAGUCGACCGGGUGAGUGAGCACAACCUUCCACCAGCUUCUUGACGCACUCCACUCAGUUCCGCCGCCGGAACACUGAGGAGCACACCCGACCCGAGCGCCCCCCGCAACCCCCCACCCCCCGACACCCCCGGACGAGCUGCACGAACAGCGGCAACCGGCUCGAACGCAAAAGCCAGGCUAGCUCAGCCCGCUAGCCUUCGUGAGGGUGGCCGGGCUGUCCAUGCAUCCGGGGAGCCCCGAGGCAGCCCCCGGCUGGCAGGGAGAAGACCGCGCCGGAAGUCUUGAGCCUUGACACUCACCGCACGGUUUUGCACGCAGCGGCGGUGGAUGCCCGGCGAGGAGCAUCUUCUCGCAAGCCACCAGCGUGACAGCUCCAAGAGGCGAUUGAUGACUAAUAUUCCCUCCAGAUAGACCACAACAAUGUUGCGCACCGCGACCAACGUGCUGGCAGCAGGAUUGCUCGUCUUGGGAAUGUUGCACAGUUCCGAAGUCGUCUCACCAUCCAGGGCUGUUGAUGCUCCAAAGACCUGCAGCCCAAAGCAGUUUGUGUGUAAAGAUGGCGUGACGUGUAUCUCAAAGGGAUGGCGCUGCGACCGCGAGAAAGACUGUCCAGACGGCUCGGACGAGGAGCCAGAUGUUUGCCCGCACAGUGCCGUGUUAAAGUGCCCACCUAAUGAGUACCAGUGUGGGGGGACAGAGCUUUGUAUCCACAUGAGCAAACUGUGCAACGGGGUUCCAGACUGUACCGACGGCUGGGACGAGGGACCGCACUGCAGAGAGUUUAUAUCCAACUGCUCACUCAUGGGGUGUCAGGAUAAUUGUGCAGUGACUCCAUCGGGACCUGUUUGUUACUGUAAAAGUGGUUUUGAGAUCAGCUCAGAUAGAAACACAUGCAAAGAUUUUGAUGAGUGCAAUGUGUAUGGGACGUGCAGUCAGUCCUGUACCAACACUGAAGGCUCCUAUUCUUGCUCCUGUGUGGAGGGCUACUUGCCACAGCCAGACAACCGCUCCUGCAAGGCCAAGAAUGUCCCAGUGGAUCGUCUGCCUGUGCUAUUGAUCGCCAACUCCCAGAACAUUCAAGCCACCUCUCUGAGUGGCACCACAGUCCACAGCCUGUUGUCAACCAGCACCAAACAAACCACAGCCAUGGACUUCCUGUAUGCUCAGGAAAUGGUCUGCUGGAUCCAUGUGGGAGAAUCCCCCUCAUCCACGCAUCUCAAAUGUGCCAAGAUUCCCAAUCUUAAGAGCUUCACUGAGGAGAGAGUCAUCAACAUCUCUCUCAGCUUGCAUCAUGUGGAGCAGAUGGCCAUCGACUGGCUCACCGGAAACUUCUACUUUGUAGAUGAUGUGGACGACAGGAUCUUUGUGUGUGACAAGGAUGGAGAGACAUGUGUCACCCUUCUGGACCAGGAGCUUUACAACCCCAAAGGCAUUGCCCUGGACCCCACCAUGGGAAAGGUGUUCUUCACAGACUACGGUCAGAUUCCCAAGGUGGAGCGAUGCGACAUGGACGGCCAGAACCGGACCAAGCUUGUGGACAGUAAAAUUGUGUUCCCCCAUGGCAUCACGCUGGAUCUGGUCAGCAGGCUGGUGUACUGGGCUGAUGCCUAUCUGGACUACAUCGAGGUGGUGGACUACGAAGGGAAGAACCGGCACACCAUCAUUCAAGGCCUGUUGAUUGAGCAUCUGUACGGGCUGACCGUAUUUGAAAAUUACCUCUAUGCCACCAACUCGGACAACGCUAACAUGCAACCCAAGACCAGCGUGAUACGAAUCAAUCGAUUCAACAGCCCAGACUACCAAGUGGUGACACGGGUGGACAAGGGAGGCGCGCUGCAUGUCUAUCAUCAGAGACGCCAACCACCCGUCCGAAGCCAUGCCUGUGAGGUGGACCAGUUUGGAAAAGCGGGAGGUUGCUCAGACAUCUGUCUGCUGGGAAACGGACACAAAACCCGGACAUGCCGGUGUCGCUCCGGAUUUAGCCUGGGAAGCGAUGGAAAGUCUUGCAAAAAGCCUGAGCAUGAGCUCUUCCUAGUCUAUGGUAAGGGACGCCCGGGGGUCAUCAGGGGCAUGGACAUGAAUGUCAAGGUUCCGGAUGAAUACAUGAUCCCUAUCGAGAAUCUGAUGAAGCCCAGAGCUCUGGAUUUUCACGCUGAGACCGAGUUCAUUUACUUUGCUGAUGCCACCAGCUAUAUCAUUGGGCGGCAGAAGAUCGAUGGGACUGAGAGGGACACCAUUCUGAAAGAAGGGAUCCACACGGUGGAGGGUAUCGCUGUGGACUGGAUGGCAGACAACUUGUACUGGACAGAUGACGGGCCCAAAAAAACCAUCAGCGUGGCUCGGCUGGAGAAAGCCUCCCAAACUCGCAAGACGCUCAUUGAAGAUAAAAUGACUCACCCUCGUGCAAUCAUUGUGGACCCUCUCCAUGGGUGGAUGUACUGGACAGACUGGGAGGAGGAUCCCAAGGAGAGCAAACGAGGAAAAAUUGAACGCGCUUGGAUGGAUGGCUCCAACAGAAAUGUUUUCCUCACCAGCAAAACUGUGCUGUGGCCUAACGGCCUGAGCCUGGACAUCCCACAGGAAAUCCUUUACUGGGUGGACGCCUACUAUGACCGCAUCGAGAUGGUCUACCUCAACACCUCAGAACGCAAGACGGUGUACGAGGGCCAGGAGCUGAACCAUGCCUUUGGUCUCUGCCACUAUAAACACUUCUUGUUCUGGAACGAGUACCGAAGUGGCAGCAUUUACAAGUUGGACACCACCACUAGCACUGCCACCCUACUGCGCAAUGAAAGGCCGCCCAUUUUUGAAAUACGCAUGUAUGACGCUCAGCAACAGCAAGGUUCUAAUGCGUGUCGUGUGCACAACGGAGGCUGCACCAGCCUGUGCUUGGCCAUACCAGGGGGCAGGCAGUGUGCCUGUGCAGAGGACCAAAUACUCGACUCCACUGACAACACUAGCUGCAAAGCCAACCCGUCUUACGUGCCCCCUCCUCAAUGCCAGCCUGGAGAGUUUGCCUGUAAGAAUAAUCGCUGCAUCCAGGAGCGCUGGAAGUGUGACGGCGACAACGACUGCCUGGACAACAGUGAUGAGGCUCCUGAGCUGUGCCAUCAGCACACUUGCCCCACUGACAGGUUUAAGUGCCAGAACAACCGCUGUAUUCCCCUGCGCUGGUUGUGUGACGGCGACAAUGACUGUGGCAAUGAUGAGGAUGAAUCCAACACCACCUGUUCAGCUCGCACAUGCCCACCGAAUCAGUACUCGUGUGCCAGCGGGCGUUGCAUCCCCAUAUCCUGGACGUGCGACCUGGAUGACGACUGUGGGGAUCGGUCUGAUGAGCCUGCCUCUUGUGCCUACCCCACAUGUUUCCCCCUCACCCAGUUUACCUGCAACAAUGGACGCUGCAUCAACAUUAACUGGCGCUGUGAUAAUGAAAAGGAUUGUGGUGACGCCUCUGAUGAAUUGCAUUGUCCAAACCUGGCCGAUAAUGACUGUGGGGACAACAGCGACGAGGCGGGCUGUAGUCACUCGUGUUCCAGUGCUCAGUUCAAGUGCAACAGCGGCCGAUGCAUUCCGGAUUAUUGGACCUGUGAUGGGGAUAAUGACUGCGGGGACUACAGCGACGAGACCCACGCCAACUGCACAAAUCAGGCCACUCGUCCACCUGGAGGCUGCCACACAGAUGAGUUUCAGUGUCGUAUGGACGGCCUGUGCAUUCCCCUGCGUUGGCGCUGUGACGGGGAUACCGACUGCAUGGACUUGAGUGACGAGAAGAACUGCGAGGGUGUCACGCACAUGUGUGACCCGGCAGUCAAGUUUGGUUGCAGGGACUCGGCACGGUGCAUCAGCAAAGCUUGGAUGUGCGACGGAGACAGUGACUGUGAGGACAAUUCGGAUGAAGAAAACUGUGAGGCGCUGGUGUGUAAACUGUCUCACCACAUGUGCGCCAACGACUCCACCAUCUGCCUGCCUGCAGAAAAACUUUGUGAUGGCACGGAACACUGCCCAGAUGGCUCUGAUGAGAAGCUCUGUGACCUGUGUUCACUGGACAAUGGCCACUGCAGCCAUAAUUGCACCGUGGCCCCUGGUGAGGGUGUGAUUUGUUCUUGCCCACUGGGCAUGGAGCUGCGUUCAGACAACAAGACCUGCCAGAUUCAGAGCUUUUGUGCCAAGCACCUCAAGUGCAGUCAGCGCUGUGAACAGGACAAGUUCAGUGUGAAAUGUUCAUGCUACGAGGGAUGGGAACUGGAGCCCGAUAUGGAGAACUGCAAGAGCACGGAUCCUUUUAAGCCCUUUAUUAUUUUCUCAAACCGCCAUGAGAUACGCCGCAUUGAUCUCAAUAAGGGAGAGUUCAGCGUUCUAGUGCCAGGGCUGAGGAACACCAUCGCUCUGGACUUCCAUCUCAGCCAGAGUGCCCUCUAUUGGACUGAUGUUGUUGAGGAUAAGAUCUAUCGUGGGAAGCUGUCUGAGAAUGGGGCUUUAACCAGCUUCGACGUGGUAAUACAGUAUGGGCUGGCGACCCCUGAGGGCCUGGCAGUGGACUGGAUAGCAGGAAACAUUUACUGGGUGGAAAGCAACCUGGACCAAAUUGAGGUGGCCAAGCUGGAUGGCACCAUGAGGACUACCCUGUUGGCUGGAGAGGUGGAACAUCCUCGAGCUAUAGCCCUGGAUCCUCGUGAUGGGAUCCUCUUCUGGACGGACUGGGAUGCCAGUUUACCACGGAUUGAAGCUGCGUCCAUGAGUGGAGAAGGCAGAAAGACUAUCCACAAGGAAACUGGCAAUGGAGGCUGGCCAAAUGGACUUACUGUGGAUUAUCUAGAGCGCCGCAUCCUCUGGAUUGAUGCAAGGUCUGAUGCCAUUUAUUCUGCCAAAUACGACGGUUCUGGGCUGAUUGAGGUCCUGAGGGGUCACGAGUAUCUGUCCCAUCCCUUCGCUGUCACCAUGUACGGCGGCGAAGUUUACUGGACGGACUGGAGGACUAACACGUUGGCCAAGGCGAACAAGUGGACUGGGAGCAAUGUCACUGUUGUCCAGAGAACCAACACGCAACCUUUUGAUCUCCAGGUCUACCAUCCAUCCAGACAACCUGAGGCACCUAACCCGUGCGCAGCUAAAGACGGCAAGGAGCCCUGCACUCAUCUAUGCCUCAUUAACUACAAUCAGACAUUCUCGUGUGGCUGCCCCCACCUCAUGAAGCUUGGGCCUGACAAGCGUACUUGUUAUGAGUCUCGUCAGUUCCUGCUGUACGCUCGCCAAAUUGAGAUUCGAGGAGUGGACAUAGACAACCCGUACUACAACUACAUCAUCUCGUUCACCGUGCCCGAUAUCGACAAUGUGACCGUGGUGGACUACGACGCUAUGGAGCAUCGCAUCUACUGGUCAGACGUUCGCACUCAGACCAUCAAGAGAGCUUUCAUUAACGGCACCGGAGUUGAAACUAUCAUCUCUGCUGAUCUGCCCAACGCUCAUGGCCUUGCAGUCGACUGGGUGUCCAGAAAUCUGUUCUGGACCAGUUAUGAUGCCAAUAAGAAACAGAUUAAUGUUGCUAGACUGGAUGGCUCAUUCAAAAACGCUGUGAUCCAGGGCCUGGACAAACCCCACUGCCUGGUGCUGCAUCCCAUUUUGGGGAAGCUCUACUGGACAGAUGGGGACAACAUCAGCAUUGCCAACACAGAUGGAAGCAACCAGAGUGUCCUAUUCACCAACCAGAAAGGCCCUGUUGGGCUCUCCAUUGACUUUGACACCGAGCAGCUUUACUGGAUCAGCUCAGGAAACGGCACCAUCAGCCGUUGCAAGCUGGAUGGUUCUGGACUUGAAAUACUUGAAGGAGUCAAGAACAAGCUGACAAAGGCUACUGCACUGGCCAUCAUGGGUGAUAAGUUAUGGUGGGCUGACCAAGGAACUGACCAGAUAGGAACAUGUGACAAGAAGGACGGCGGCAACUGGAAAGUCCUGAGGAAUAGCACGUCCCCAAUGAUGCACAUGAAAAUAUACAAUGAAACUGUGCAGAAAGGCACCAAUCUUUGCAGCAAUAACAAUGGUGACUGUUCCCAGCUGUGUCUCCCCACCUCCCCGACCACCAGAGCCUGCAUGUGCACUGCAGGAUACAGCUUGCGCAGAGGCCAGCAGUCAUGCGAGGGUGUUGGCUCUUUCCUCCUCUACUCUGUGCAUGAGGGUAUACGUGGUAUUCCUUUGGAUCCAUUGGAUAAGUCUGAUGCCCUCGUGCCAGUGUCAGGCACGUCCCUGGCUGUGGGCAUUGAUUUCCAUGCUGACAAUGACACAAUCUACUGGGUGGACAUGGGCCUGAGCACAAUAAGCAGGGCCAAGCGAGACCAGACGUGGAGAGAAGACGUGGUCACUAAUGGCAUUGGUAGGGUGGAGGGGAUAGCUGUUGACUGGAUAGCAGGAAACAUCUACUGGACAGACCAAGGCUUUGACGUGAUUGAGGUGGCCCGCCUCAAUGGCUCCUUCCGCUAUGUAGUUAUCUCCCAGGGCUUGGACAAGCCUCGCGCCAUCACUGUUCACCCCGAGAAAGGCUACUUGUUCUGGACAGAGUGGGGGCAGUACCCUCGUAUUGAACGCUCCAGACUGGAUGGCACGCAAAGAGCUGUUCUAGUAAAUGUCAGUAUAAGCUGGCCCAAUGGUAUCUCCAUUGACUAUGAGGAGAGUUUCCUGUACUGGUGCGAUGCCAGGACGGACAAAAUAGAGCGCAUCAAUCUGGAGACUGGGGAGAACAGGGAAGUGGUGCUGGCUAACAACAACAUGGACAUGUUUUCUGUGUCCGUGUUUGAGAGCUACAUCUACUGGAGUGACCGAACUCAUGCCAAUGGCUCCAUAAAGAGAGGCAGUAAAGACAAUGCCACAGACUCUGUGUCUCUGAGGACCGGGAUCGGGGUGCAGCUCAAAGAUAUUAAGGUCUUCAACAGGGCCAGGCAGCAAGGAACAAAUGUGUGCAAAGUCAAGAAUGGCGGGUGCCAGCAGCUUUGUCUGUACAGCGGCAAUGGAAAGCGCAUGUGUGCCUGUGCACACGGCAUGUUGGCUGAAGACGGACGCAGCUGCCGUGACUACGACGGCUACCUGCUCUACUCUGAACGCACCAUACUAAAGAGUGUUCACCUGUCGGAUGAAAACAACCUGAAUGCGCCCAUAAAACCAUUUGAGGACCCUGAGCACAUGAAGAACGUCAUCGCGCUGACCUUUGAUUACAGAGGAGGGGGCGGGAAGGGAGCCAACCGGGUCUUCUUCAGCGACAUCCACUUUGGCAACAUCCAGCAGAUCAGUGAUGAUGGAUCUGACCGCAAGACUGUAGUAGACAAUGUGGGCUCAGUAGAAGGUCUGGCAUACCACAGGGGCUGGGACAUAUUGUAUUGGACCAGCUACACCACCUCGACCAUCACCCGUCACACUGUGGAUCAGACCCGCUGGGAUGCUGUUGACCGACACACCGUGGUCACUAUGUCAGGAGAUGACCACCCCAGAGCCUUCGUCCUUGACGAGUGCCAGAGCCUGAUGUUCUGGACCAACUGGAAUGAGCAGUCUCCCAGCAUCAUGCGUGCCACACUCACUGGUUCCAAUGUGAUCGUGAUCAUUGGUACUGACAUCCGAACCCCCAACGGCCUGGCCAUUGACCACCGAGCUGAAAAGCUUUACUUCUCUGACGCCACCCUGGACAAGAUAGAGCGCUGCGAGUACGACGGCAGCCGGCGUUAUGUUGUACUGAAAAAUGAACCAGUGCACCCGUUCGGCUUAGCAGUCUACGGAGACUACAUCUUCUGGACGGACUGGGUGAGGAGGGCUGUGCUUCGAGCUGACAAAUACACAGGGGGAGACAUGAAGGUUCUACGUGCUGAUAUACCUCAGCAGCCAAUGGGAAUCACCGCCGUGGCCAACGACACUAACAGUUGUGAGUUCUCUCUGUGCCGUGUUAACAAUGGAGGUUGUCAGGACCUGUGUCUCCUGACUUCGGAAGGAAGGGUCAACUGCAGUUGUCGUGGUGACAGGAAGCUUUUGGAGGACAACACUUGCAUAGCUCUGAACACCACAUGCAAUCCCAUUGAUGAGUUUGAGUGUGGAAAUGGAGAUUGUGUGAACUAUACACUGACUUGUGACGGCAUGGCUCACUGCAAGGACAAAUCUGAUGAGAAGCAGUCUUACUGUGCUAACCGAGCAUGCAAGAAGGGCUUCAAGCGUUGUGUAAAUGGCCGCUGUGUGGGCCAUCACUCGUGGUGUAAUGGACAGGAUGACUGUGGGGACAAUUCUGAUGAGCUUUUCUGUAACACCACACUGUGCUCACUUGAGCAGUUCCAGUGCAGAGAUGGAAGCUGCAUCACAAACUCCAGCAAGUGUGACCAAAAAGUGGACUGUGAGGAUGCCAGUGAUGAGAUGAACUGCACUGCCACUGACUGUUCCAGUUAUUUCCGCCUGGGAGUGAAGGGAGUGACAUUUCAAAAGUGCGAGUUCACCACCCUCUGCUAUGACCCCACAUGGCAAUGUGACGGAGCUAACGACUGUGGAGACUUCUCUGAUGAGAGAAAUUGCCCAGGGAGUGGAAAAACCAAGUGUCCAACGCCUUUCUUUGCCUGUCCCAGUGGAAGGUGCAUCCCCAUGAGCUGGACUUGCGACAAAGAGCACGACUGUGAGAACGGUGCAGACGAGGCUCAUUGCGAUAAAUUCUGCUCAGCCUCCCAGUUUGAAUGCGGGAACCACCGCUGCAUUCCUAACUCGUGGGUGUGUGAUGGAGCGGACGACUGUGGAGACAGCAGUGAUGAGGACAGUAAAUGCAAAACCAAAACAUGCAGUCCUGAAGCGUUCCAGUGUCCUGGCUCCCACAUGUGUAUCCCUCAGCGUUGGAAGUGUGACGAGGACAAAGACUGUCCCGAUGGGGCUGACGAGAGCGUCAAAGCUGGCUGUGUCUUUAACAAUACAUGCAGCAACAAUGAGUUCAUGUGCCAAAACCGACAGUGUAUUCCCAAGUACUUUGUGUGUGACCAUGACAAUGACUGCAGCGACGGCUCGGAUGAGUCGCAGGAAUGUGAAUACCCAACCUGCAGACCCAAUGAGUUCCGCUGUUCCAAUGGACGCUGCCUGAUUCAGAGCUCAUGGGAGUGCGAUGGAGACUUUGAUUGUCAUGAUCACUCAGACGAAGCCCCAAAGAAUCCACGCUGCACGGGCCCAGAGAAAAAAUGCAAUGACACGGCCUAUGCUUGCAAUAAUGGGAAGUGUGUCAACGAGACGUUACUUUGCGACCAUAAGGACGACUGUGGCGAUGGCUCAGAUGAGCUCAACUGCUUCAUUAACGAGUGCCUGAACACCAAAUUGAGUGGCUGCUCGCAACUUUGUGAGGACCUGAAGAUAGGCUACAAGUGUAGAUGCCACCCUGGAUUCCGGCUGAAAGAUGACGGGAAGACGUGCGUUGACGUGGAUGAGUGUAAAAGCACCUAUCCCUGCACACAGCGCUGCAUCAACACCCAUGGCAGCUUCCACUGCCUGUGUGUUGAGGGUUUUCAACUUAGCCCAGAAAACCCCACUGUCUGCAAAUCUACAUCUGAUGAGGAACCCUUCCUAAUAUUUGCCAACCGCUACUACCUACGCAAACUCAACUUGGAUGGCUCCAACUACACUCUCCUCAAACAGGGAUUGAACAAUGCAGUGGCUUUGGACUUUGACUAUCGCCAGCAGAUGAUUUAUUGGACCGAUGUUACCACACAGGGCAGCAUGAUCCGACGCAUGCACAUCAAUGGCAGUGAUGUUCAGGUCCUGCAUCGCACAUCGCUCAGCAACCCAGACGGGCUUGCAGUGGACUGGGUGGGAGGAAAUCUGUACUGGUGUGAUAAAGGGCGGGACACUAUUGAGGUGUCAAAGCUGAAUGGAGCUUACCGGACAGUUCUGGUCAACAAUGGCUUGAGAGAACCAAGGGCUGUGGCUGUGGAUGUUAGAUAUGGGUACUUGUACUGGUCAGACUGGGGUGACACCCCUCACAUAGGGAGGAUUGGGAUGGACGGCACUAACAGGACAGUCAUUGUGGAGGAUAAGAUCACCUGGCCCAACGGUCUGACCCUGGACUUUGUGAAUGACCGCAUCUACUGGGCCGACGCCCGAGAGGACUACAUUGCCUUUGCCAGCUUGGAUGGAACUAACAGACACACAGUUCUGACCCAAGAUAUCCCCCACAUCUUUGCAAUGACUCUGUUUGAGGAGUACAUCUACUGGACAGACUGGGAGACCAAGUCCAUCAACAGAGCUCAUAAGACUCUGGGAAUCAACAAGACCUUGCUGAUUAGCACCUUACACAGACCAAUGGACGUCCAUAUAUACCACCCAUACCGCCAGCCGGAAGUGGCAGACCACCCAUGCCAGACCGACAAUGGUGGCUGCAGUAACCUGUGUCUACUCUCACCAGGAGGGGGCUACAAAUGUGCCUGCCCCACUAACUUUUAUCUAGCAGCAGAUGGAAAACAGUGCUUGUCUAACUGCACUGCCAGUCAGUUUGUUUGUAAAAACGACAAGUGUAUUCCAUUUUGGUGGAAGUGUGACACUGAAGAUGACUGUGGGGACCACUCAGAUGAGCCUGCCGAUUGCCCUGAGUUUAAGUGCAGACCAGGUCAAUUCCAAUGCGGUACAGGAAUUUGUACAAAUCCCGCCUACAUCUGUGACGGAGACAAUGACUGCCAAGACAAUUCGGAUGAAGCCAAUUGUGAUAUCCAUGUGUGCUUGCCCAGUCAGUUUAAAUGCACCCACCCCAGUCGCUGCAUCCCUGGCAUCUUCCGCUGCAAUGGACAGGACAACUGCGGUGAGGGAGAGGACGAGAAAGAUUGUCCGGAGGUGACAUGCGCCCCGAACCAGUUCCAGUGUGCCGUCACCAAGCGCUGUAUUCCACGGGUUUGGGUGUGUGAUCGGGACAAUGACUGUGUGGAUGGUUCUGAUGAGCCUGCCAACUGCACUCAAAUGACGUGUGGUGUGGAUGAGUUCCGCUGUAAGGACUCGGGCCGCUGCAUCCCAGCACGCUGGAAGUGCGAUGGAGAGGACGACUGUGGCGAUGCUUCAGAUGAACCCAAAGAGGAGUGUAAUGAGCGGACGUGCGAGCCAUAUCAGUUCCGCUGUAAGAACAACCGCUGUGUGCCCGGACGCUGGCAGUGCGACUAUGACAAUGAUUGCGGUGACAACUCUGAUGAAGACAAGUGUGUUCCUCGUCAGUGUUCAGAGAGCGAGUUUGCCUGCACAAAUGGCCGCUGCAUUGCCGGGCGCUGGAAGUGUGACGGUGACCACGACUGUGCUGAUGGCUCAGAUGAGAAUGGCUGUGACGUGAAGUGUGACAGUGAUCAGUUUCAGUGCAAAAACGGCCAUUGCAUCCCCAUCCGCUGGCGCUGCGAUGCUGACCCAGACUGUAUGGAUGGCAGCGAUGAGGAAAAAUGUGACAGUGGUGUGGGUAGACACUGCCCCCUGGAUGAGUUCCAGUGCAACAACACUUUGUGUAAACCACUGGGCUGGAAGUGUGAUGGCGAGGAUGACUGCGGAGACAAUUCUGACGAGAGGCCAGAGGAAUGUGUUAAAUUCCAGUGUCCGCCCACAAGACAAUUCCGCUGUCAUAAUGACCGUGUGUGUCUGCCAAUAUCCAAACGCUGCGACGGUAUCAACAACUGUGGAGACAACAGCGAUGAACUCAAUUGCCAGGUUCCUCCGUCCACUACAAUCUGCCAAAAAGAUGAGUUUCAGUGCUCCAACAGCCGCUGCAUCAGCUCUGACCUGCGGUGCGACUUCUUCAACGACUGUGAGGAUUACGGCUCUGAUGAAAUCAAUUGCAAUAAGAAAGACACCAUGUUGAAUGAGUGCCGCAACAACAUGACAGUGUGUGGCGAUGGCGAUGAAGCUCACUGUGUGGUUAACGGGACGAGCUCUUUUUGCUCCUGCAAACCAGGCUUCCAAUCCUAUGGGCGUAAGAGAUGUGAAGAUAAGAACGAGUGCAGGGAGUUUGGAGUGUGUUCCCACAUCUGUAACAACACAAAGGGCUCAUACAAGUGCAGCUGCCACAAGUACUUUACCAGAAUCAAUGACACUUGCAAGGCUGACACUCAGAGACAAGUGCUCUACAUCGCUGAUGACAACGAGAUCCGCGGCCUGGACCCCUCUAUGCCAAACUGGCGCUAUGAACAAAUCUUCCAAGGUGACGCCAACGUGCGCAUAGAUGCCAUGGAUGUACACAUUAAGACAAACCGCAUUUACUGGACAAACUGGCACACUGGACGCGUAUCCUCGUACGAAUUGCCUUCUUCCUCCUCCCCGUCACCUAACAACAACCGAAACCGACGGCAGACGGAAUCACGGGUCACCAAUGUGGAGAUCCCUGAUCUGAAGAUGCCCCGAGGCAUUGCUGUGGACUGGGUGGCAAGCAACCUGUAUUGGACCGACUCUGGUCGAGACGUCAUUGAGGUGGCUCAGCUUAGCGGAGGGCACCACCGCAAAACUCUCAUUUCAGGCAUGAUCGAUGAGCCUCAUGCCAUCGUGGUCGACCCUCCGAGAGGGAAAAUGUACUGGGCAGACUGGGGGAACCACCCCAAGAUUGAGACAGCUGCCAUGGACGGUACAAUGAGAGAGACACUGGUGGAUGAAAACAUUCAGUGGCCAACUGGCCUUGCAGUGGACUACUUCAACCAGCGCCUGUACUGGGCCGACGCUAAGCGAUCAUUAAUCGCCAGCGUGAGGCUAAAUGGCAGUGAUGCAGUUGUGGCUGUGAACACCAUCAAGAACAAGCUCCAUCAGCCCUUCAGUAUUGAUAUAUUUGAAGACUACAUCUAUGGCAUCACCUAUAUCCACAACCACGUCUUCCGUGUAAAUAAGUUCGGCAAGGGCGACGUGGAGAACCUGACAACGAGAAUGAACCACGCCACAGAUUUGGUUUUGUACCAUCGCAACAAGCAACCAGAGAUGAAUAAUCCCUGCGACAGAAAGAAAUGCGAAUGGCUGUGCCUGCUGAGUCCCAGUGGUCCGGUCUGUACCUGUCCCAACGGACACACGCUGGACAACGGCACGUGUGUGAAGCAGCCCGCUCCCACACUGGCUCCUAUCUCGCCUCCGAGUGGCCCCUGUCAGGUCCAGUGUCUGAACGGUGGCAGUUGUUUCCUGAACGCCUACAAGCAGCCUAAAUGUCGCUGCCAGCCCAACUAUGGAGGAGAUCGGUGUGAGAUUGACCAAUGCAGAGACUACUGCAAGAAUGGAGGAACGUGCACACCUUCUCCAACAGGCUCUCCGACCUGCCGAUGCCUGCCAGGUUUUACAGGGCCAAACUGUAACCUGCACACAUGUAGAAAUUACUGCAUGAAUGGCGGCAACUGCACCGUCAGUGCUGGGAACCAGCCAUCUUGCAGCUGCCCUCAUGAAUUCCUGGGUGACCAGUGCCAAUAUAGAAGCUGUGAGGGCCACUGCCUGAACAGAGGCACCUGUCUACAGAGUGCGAGUGGCUCUAAACUGUGCCGCUGUCUGCCUCAGUUCACCGGCAGCACAUGUGAGAUCGACAAGUGUCACUAUUGUCGCAACGGAGAGUGUAUCCCCAAGGACAGGUUUACAUCCACAGGCGAAUUCACCUGCCGAUGUGCAAACGGAAGAAUCCAGCCCAGCUGCUACACAUGUGAUACGAAUGAAUACUGUGCAAACGGCCAGUGCUCUAUUAAUCCUCACACCCACCUUCCAGAGUGCAGAUGUUCUCCUGGAUGGGUGGGACAUCGCUGUGAGUCAGUCACCAGUAGUGAAGGUGGCAGCAGUUCAGGAGGACGCACAGCCUCCAUCGUGAUCCCUGUGCUGCUCCUGCUGCUGCUGGUUCUGCUGGCUGUAGGAGCGUUGCUCUGGUACAAGAGGAGGAUGAGAGGAGCGAAGGGCUUCCAGCACCAAAGGAUGACCAAUGGGGCCAUGAAUGUUGAGAUCGGAAACCCCGCCUACAAGAUAUACGAGGGUGAGCCUGAUGACGACGUGGGGGAGCUGCUAGAUGCAGACUUCACCCUUGAUCCAGACAAGCCUACUAACUUCACAAACCCAGUGUACGCCACACUGUACAUGGGCGCCCACAACAGUCGCAACUCGCUGGCCAGCACGGACGAGAAGAAGGAGCUGCUGUCUCGCGGAGAGGAGGAGCCGCUGGUGGACCCGCUGGCGUAGGCUGCCCGUCACGCUAUUCCAAACACACCCCAUCUUCUUGCCUUUUAAUGGAGAAAAAAAAACAAAAACACGUGGGGACAAAAAAAACCUAAAAAAAAAAGCGGGAGAGAAAAAUGACAAAAAAAGUAUGAACACUGUAUAAAAUGUACAAAAAUGAAGGACUACUUUUGUAUGUGAUUGCAGUAUUAUAUUUUGUUCUUUUGAGAUUCCUCUGGUCAAAAAACAAAUACCAUUUUCUAUGACAGAUUUUUCAUUUACACGUGUCUCUUACCCCUUUACCUAAAUAGCCACUACCUCUGUGCAAAAUGAAAUGGAAAAUUAGAAGUCGUUAUUAUCGGAGCAAUUCAAAUUUUUAUUUUUAUGAUUUGUAAAGAGAGAGAGAGAGAGAGAGAGAAAAUUGUUCCAUUUCACCAGUGCCAACUGUUUGUUGUUUGUGUGGACUUUUAGAGGGAAACACAAAACUCAAUUGUUGUCUCAAUUUGUACAGGUUUUGUCUCGCCGAGAAUCUACAAGAUUGUGUGAGACACAUUCACGUUUGUGUACAGCACCAGAUGCUCUUGAAAUGAUUGCGUUGUCUUCCUUGCACAGAAUUCCAAUUUGAUGGUAUUUUGUAGGUUUUAUACGGCAAGAUGUGAAGCUGACGUGGGUUUUCAUGGCAGUUGGAGCUCCUGGGCUGUUUUAAAUUGUGUAGUGUAUGUUGGGAGAUGAGGCCUUUUCUCCAAGGUGAAACAUUCCAGGCAGGUGUUGUGAAUGUGUUGCAGCCAACAAACAUGGUCAGCUGAUCAAACUGGGAGGACCAAAGCACACCCAGUCCGCACGGCGAGGUGGUGUCAUGUGACUUACAGGGUCUUCCUUGAGUCGAAGGUGAGAAAAGCUUCACUUGAGGUCCUUUCAGAUGAAGCAAAGAGCCAACUGGACCUUUUCUAAAAUGUCAGUCAUGAGUAACUUUUAUCUUUAGUGGACCGUUUUGUAACGACUCUUUCUUUAAGUGCAUUAAGGCCAUUUGGUAUUUGUGUUGUUGUUGAGCUGUGUCUAACCUCUCGUGUCUAACUGGUGUGCCCCGCUGCUGCUAAUGCUACCACUCUUGUCCUUACGCUCAAAAUGCUGCUUCUGUCAGAAAUGUGUCAGCCAUAUCUUAGUGCAUGUAACACCAAUCUUCAAUAUCUGAAAUUAUUCUUAGAGACAGCGACGUUCUAUUGUUGCAUAGCUGUCAGCAAGUGUUAUUUUACUCAGUUGUAUAUGUUUUGUAUUUUAAUUGAGAGAUAAGUACAAUCAUUUUGUUUCCCCGGGCAGCAGUUUUGCUAAAAUUCAUUCAUUUUCUGAAUGUUGUUAAAUCUUUUUUUUUUUUUUUUUUAAAUGAAUGACACAUAGCUUUUAUAGUACACAAUGCAUGGAGGCUCAGACUUACAUCUGGAAAGAGAUUUAGUUUUUGCUGGAGUACUUUACAACACAAUAACAGAUAUUGUUAUAAAUAAAUUGAAAAUUGUACAGAAAACAAUGCGAUGUUUUUUUUUUAUUAUUAUUUUUGGUGUGUGUUGUGUGUGUUUUGUACAUUUGCUGACAUAAGCUGUCAGAGAGGUAAUGUGUAUCACGAGGGCAAGAGCAACAGGCGAUGUGAAGGCCGUGAUGGAAUUUGUGUUUAUUAUUAAUCUUCCCAAUAAAUGCCUUUUUGGGAGCCUCAA